UUUACCCCCUGUUUACGACAUGACCGUAACGCGCUUUCCGAGUAUGUUGAAAGCAGUUAAUGCAGGUCGGUACGCGUUUCAGAAGGUAAGUGUCACUCUCAGAUGUUCACAUUCACGGCAAUUUGUCAACAUGUCGUGUCAAACCGCUCGCAAAGUCCCAGCCACGCUUCUAGGCUCCAUGGCGUUCGGGGGGCGCGCAGACGCGGACACGAGCGCCAAGAUGGUAAAGGCGUUUUUGGAGCGCGGGCACGAUGAGCUGGACACCGCGUUCAUGUACACUGACGGGAACGCGGAGACGAUCAUCGGGGCAAUGCAACUUCCUCAGACGGUUCGUGUGGCCACCAAAGCGAACCCCUGGGACGGUAAGACGCUGAAACCCGAGAGCGUGCGCUCUCAGCUGGAGACAUCGCUCAAGAGGCUGCGCGUUCAAAGCGUUAACAUCUUCUACUUGCACGCUCCAGACCAUGAGAACCCCGUUGAGGACACGCUGAGAACUUGCAAUGAGCUGCACAAAGAGGGAAAGUUUAAAGAGCUCGGCUUAUCAAACUACGCCUCGUGGGAAGUGGCCGAAAUCUACUGCAUCUGCAAACACAACAGCUGGGUCCUUCCUACCGUCUACCAGGGCAUGUACAACGCUACCACGCGACAAGUGGAGACGGAACUGCUGCCGUGUCUGCGAUACUUCGGCAUACGUUUCUACGCGUACAAUCCCCUGGCAGGAGGCCUGCUUACGGGGAAAUACCAUUAUGAGGAUAAAGACGGCGCUCAGCCUGCAGGACGCUUCUUUGGAAAUAAGUGGGCUGCUGUCUACAGAGACAGGUUUUGGAAAGAGAGCCAUUUCCACGCUAUAGACGGCGUCCUGAAGGCCCUCGAGGCAGCGUACGGUUCAGAGAAGCCGGGCUUAACCUCGGCCGCUAUACGCUGGAUGUAUCAUCACUCUCAGCUCAAGGCUGAGCUUGGAGACGCCGUGAUCGUCGGGAUGUCCACCAUGGAGCAGCUUCAGGAGAACUUGGCAGCAGCUGAAGAAGGUCCUCUAAAGCAGGAAGUGGUGGAUGCCUUCAAGCGCGGCUGGGAUUUAGUGGCUCACGAGUGUCCUAACUACUUCCGCUAGACGCGCGGCGGACUCGCACUCGCCUUUAAUUACAGCUGAAAAUGAAGGAGGAUCUACUAUAAUGUGAAUUUCCCCAGAAAUAUAUUGUACGAAGUUAUCACUUUGUUCAGACUUGCCCAGAAAUAACUUUGAUUCCAUCCAUGUUAAUAAUUCAAGCUAAACUUUGAAUUUUGGAUUUAGCACUUAUUUUUGAUAUUCUAACGAUAAAUAAAUAUCACUGAUGAACAUUCA